AUGAAGUUCUCUCUGGCCACCAUCGUCCUCGGUCUCGCAGCCCUCGCCGCCGCCGCUCCUGAGGAGCCAGCUCACCUCAUGGCCCGUCAGAAUCAGGGCCGUCCCGUCCCCCGAGGCACCUGCUGUGUGGCAAACACCAACCUGAAGCAGGAUGCUUGUAUCGCUGCCAACGGUCAAGCCGGUCGUUGCGUGCCCGGCGGCAAUAAUUGCGGUAGCCGGCUCAGCUGCGUCCAGUUCAGCAGCCUGACCUGCAACAACAACAUCAUUGAGCGUGGCAGAUCUUUGUGCCGUGCGAAUGCUCCGGGUGGCGGCUUCUUUGAUGGCGCUCGUAUCAUCCGGUCGCUUUCGCAGGCGAAAGUGAACUAA